GAUAGUAUUAGUAUUUAGGAAUAAUGAGCAUAUUUAAUAAUACACAAGGUGCAUGGCACGUGUGUGAUGGGAUGCUCUCGUUAUUGAGGAAUGUGAUGGGAGGGGCCAGCAGACUCCAUCAUGUCCAUUGAUAGAUGUAUCACUAUAUAAGAGACGAGCCCCCUCUCAGAGGGUCAGAUUUGGUGGGGUGUCAUUGCUGGAGUCACAGGACCUUCACGAUGCGGUGUCUGCUUUCAGCUGUUCUUCUGCCUCUGCUUCUGCGUCCGUGCACCGGUGCAGACUGGUGCUACCAGACACAAGUGAGCUGUCCGUCCCACUGUAAAGGACCGGACCGAUGGAGUGAAGUCAAUAAAGACUGUGGGGAGAGCAGACAGUCACCAAUCAACAUAGUGACAAAGAAAACCAUGCUGGAUGAACGCCUGACGCCUUUCAGAUUCACCGGCUACCAGACCGUGUUCGACAGCACCAUGAAGAACAAUGGCCACUCGGUUCAGGUCAAUAUACCCAUCACAGCCACAGUGUCCGGAGGAAACCUGGAAGAAACGUACAAAGCCGUGCAGUUUCACCUCCACUGGGGCAACAACGGAGGUCCUGGAUCUGAACACACCAUCGAUGGAGAGCAGUAUCCUAUGGAGCUGCAUAUAGUGCACAUGAAACAAAGAUACGACAGACUUGAAGAUGCACUCAAAGAUCCUUCUGGAGUCGCCGUGCUGGGAUUCUUCUACGAGGUGUCAACCAGCACAAACAAAAAGUACAAUGAGUUCACACACGGCCUGCGCAGCAUCCAGAAUACAAAUGGAAACACGACGCUUCGUAAGAUCUCUCUGAAUCAGCUCAUUCUGCCUGAAGCCAACAUGACGAACUAUUACCGGUAUGACGGCUCGCUGACCACACCGGGCUGCACGGAGGCUGUGGUGUGGACGGUGUUUGAAAACCCCAUUCCCCUCGACAUACAACAGCUUAAGAGUUUUAAUGAUCUGAAGUUCAAUGAUGGGACGCCAAUGGUGGGAACAUUCAGACCCAUUCAGCCGCGUAACGGACGUGUGGUUUACCGGUCCAGCGGUGUAGCGGUCAUCGCCAGCGUCAUCCUGAUUCUGGCCUCCAUCAGCGCAGCAUUAGGCCUGUCCCGUCCGAACUAGAGCGAGACCGACCCGCUUCGGACACACAAUCAACACAAUGAGUUCUCAGCCAAUCAACGGACCAACAAGAAAACCCCACACAGGCCGUUUCUACAGGACACUAGAGUAGUUAGUGCAGAUAUCUGACCACAGCAGUCCACUGCAUGACCAGUAGAUGUGAGUUCGUACAGUAGCUAUCAAUAGGAGCUGGACUAAAGCCACUCGGACCCUCUGUGAAGGUCUGACCGGGAAUAAAUGCAUGACCUUUAUCUGUUACAGACAUCUGCCAAACACACACACAUAAGCUAUAUUUACAAAUGCUUUGAUAUGCUGGAGAUGUGCAUUACUUACACACACAACCAUGAUGAGCACUCGACUGGUGAAAGGUCACAGAGGUCAAGGGUGAAAGGUCACAGAGCCAUGAGAACAGAUCAGAGAGAAACCCAGCUACAGCAAACACACAAAUACAGUUACAUUAAAUAUAUUGACGCUUUCAUAGAGUUUAAUAGAAACAAAUUCGCUUCAAAUGAACACUGAGCACUGCUGUGACCCUUCUUCCCUUCCUGUAGAAGCUCAUAUCACAUCUGUCCUGUUUCUCUGCUGAACGCUCGCUCUGGUGUUUAAAGGGAAGUGUUGCUCAGCUCGUCUCUACAGAAUCUCUCACAGCUGCUCAAGAGUGUCAGUGCAUUUCCACUGAAGGAUUCUCACCUCUAGAGAAUGAAUAUCGUCAGUGUCAUGCUGAAAAAAUGCCUAAUAAUGCAGGGAAUGAGGGGAGGGUAGCAUCCUCUGUUUCCAGAUUUAAUAUAACAUCUCUCAGUAGUGUGUGAAUUCAUGCAAGCAUUGAUAAAGCACACCUUCACUUCACUAGCUUUACUAUCUCUGAAUGAUCUUCUCACUGUACUCCUCCUCAAGCAACACCAGAACAGUUUGGAUCCGAAAUGAUUGACUUGGUCCAGAGUAUGGAUUCCCAGAAGUCUCUAUUUUGUGAAUACAGGCCUUGGAAGAGGUUGCAAGAGACACUUUUGUGUUAUUUUCUCCUGCUCUUCAUUCACUCAGUACUAAAUGAAAACUUAAAGUGAAGACCUGAUUAUUUCAGGAGCCUUCAUUCACACACUUAAAACCUUUUGCUGGUCGAUGAAGAUGGUCAAAGUGAAAGCGGUCUGUUCUGUGUGAUAAGAGUUUGCUUUAAACUAACUACACUUUGACACUCACACACAGAUAUUUACACACAUCUAGACUUGCUAUAGACGUCUGAAGUCAUGCAUCUCGUGCACAAACUUAUCCUGUAUAUCAAAAAGAUUCUGUUGGAGUCUGUUGUGAGGACAAAUGACUUGUGUUUUAUAAACUUUGAGGGUCUAAAUGUGAUGCUUCGAUGCUCUUGCUGGAGAAUAUGAUGAUUAGUAUUUGUGACUCUCCAAACAGGGAAAUGUGCAUCUUCUGUACUCAUGAUGCACAUCAACAUCAUCUUUAUGUAUGUUUUUCUACACAUGUAUGUAUGUUGAUGUUUGCUAUGUGUAUUAUUGCUCUAAGCAUUGAUGAAUUUUGACCAACAGCAAAGCAUCACUGAACCAUUUAUUCCUCAUUUACAUUGAAAGUGUCAGUUUUGUCCACCUGUCAGAAUGCACUGAUGAUAUUAUGAU